AUGGCGACAAACGAUACCAUGAACGCAGUUGUCUUCAAGGGCCCGCGUAAGAUCGUUCUAGAAAAGCGGCCGAUCCCAAAGCUCCAGGACCCUCAAGAUAUCAUCGUCAAAGUCUCAUAUACUGCAUUAUGCGGAAGCGAGCUUCACGUAUAUCGUGGCCAUCAGCCCUCAGACACUAAUUUUAUAAUGGGCCAUGAGUUUACCGGCACUGUCGUUGAGGCUGGAAGUGAUGUCAAGACAGUGAAGGUCGGAGAUAAGAUUGUCAGUCCUUUUACAGCAUCGUGUGGGGAAUGCUUCUAUUGCAAAUCUGGCUUCUCAUCUCGCUGUGUGAAGAGCCUGCUUUUAGGCUGUCCGGCUUUAGACGGUGGCCAAGCAGAAUAUGUACGCAUGCCACUAGCUGAUGGUUCCGUAAUGAAGGCUCCAGAGGGAAUCAACGAGCAUUCCAUAGUAUUAAUGGCAGAUAUCUUCCCAACCGGAUAUUUUGCUGCACAAAACGGUUUCAAGCACUUCACCAAAGAGCAAAUUUCGGAGUUGACCGUGGUAGUGAUUGGCUGCGGCCCAGUAGGUCUCUGUGCCGUCAUCAAUGCUGAAGAAUAUAAGCCUAGAAACCUGCUUGCCGUGGACUCGGUUCCCUCACGCUUAGAGCUUGCCAAAUCACUUGGGGCAGAGCCCUGGGACUUUCAAAGCGAUCGAGAGGGUCUAGAGAAGCGUGUUAAAGAGCUGACUGAUGGGCGCGGGGCAGACCUUGUGAUCGAAGUCGUAGGCUCAAGCCCGGCGCUCAAAAUGGGCUUUGACCUCCUGAGGCCAUGGGGAGUGAUCAGUAGUGUCGGCGUCCACAACGCAGAGAUACCGUGGAAUGGAAACCAAGCCUACGGGAAGAAUCUCAGGAUCCAAAUGGGGAGGUGUCCCGUGAGGUCGAUUUUCCCCGAAGCUCUUGCAAUGCUCGAGAAGAAGCAGCAUCUCCUGGGAUUCAUGGCAGACAAAAUCAUGCCUCUAACUCAAGCCGUUGAAGGAUAUGAUAUCUUCGACAAGAUGCAGGUACAGAAGGUUAUUUUCAGAGCUGAUGAAUGA